AACUAGUGUCGCGCGCCUCAUCAGCAUUGUGCAGACAAAAGUUGUUACUUUAUCUCUACCUCCGCUUCGGCAGGCUUCACAAGAGCGGAGACGUUUUGUUGUGCUGACUUUAUUUCAAGCAAUUUUGUCUUUUUAGUGGAUAGAAACGAGCACGAAAACUACAGUGGUUGUUUUGAAGAAAAGCUCCUGAACGCCGAGUUGCCUACUACCGUGGAGAAGUUAUUGUCGUGCACCCAGUGGGGUUUAAAGUUCAGCUAACAGUAGCGUCGCUAGCAAGGAGUUAGCGCCAUAAAAUUAGCUGGUUAGUUUAGUCACAAUGGCAGCUGUGUGUCAGCCACGACGUGCCUUGGUGGAAAUACCAGCUCCACAGCCCAAAAUUGCAGCUCGUAUGAGGAGGUCCUACCUAGAAAUCCUAAGUGCCCGUCUGGCUCCGUCUCCACUUCCAAGAGGGAGAAACACUACUUCAAACACCAAGCGUGCGCAGUCCUUGGAUUUAUCCAUCAAUGGGGUGUGGAGUGGGAGGAUAGAGGAGCAGUGUGAGAAGAUGGACGAGCACCACACCCCGCUCUCCAAACAGCAACUUGUACAGCUAAUCAGAUCCCUCAUCUUAGUUGAACAGAGCCAAGAGCCCAGGAUCCUGGCCUCUGACCUGAAGUAUCUCCAGGACGACUUGCAAUUAAAGAAGGCAAAUGUUUACAGGUCCAUACCCUACUCACGGUUUGGCUCCAACAGGGAUGCUCACUGCUACAGAAAAGCAUAUCCUCACCUUGUGGCAUUCAAAGUUUCAUGUCAGGAGUGGGGCCAGGUUCUUUUGAGGAACAAAGAGUGGGACGCUGUGUUGGAGCACACACUGAUGGCGUGGCGCUACACCAGCGAGUUGCCGCAGUGGGAUACAGCAAACCAUAACGCCCUCCGAGAACAGUGUUACAGCAUUCUGGCAUCUCACAGCCUCACUGCUCUCCAGCACUACUGCCCUGAACCAAACAGAAGACGCGAACUGCUCAGAAGGUUGAAGAUGGCUCAGUUGCACAGCCAGUCAAUUGUACCCUGUAUUCAGGAAUUGCAGAGGAUUAUGGGAUGUGCUGAUGAAUCCAUGGACACAAAGUAAUAAGAGAAACACUCCCAAACCAGCUGUCUACAUCCUUACUGAGAAGGGUGCUUGGUGGCUUGUUUAGAUGAGCUGAAGCAUCUGUGUGUCGUCGUGGGCCAAAAAACAAUUUUCAUGGUAGUGUUAGUUUGAAAAACCACUACAGUAUUCUUCCAAAGGGCAGGGUGGCAACAAAAUGAACUAACUGCCAGUUAAUGUAGAAAAUGCAAUAAAACCUCUUAAUCACAUUGCAUUACUACACCAACUGGCAAUUGUUUUGUUACGAGGAGUGUAACAUUUUUUUGCCUGGCUCACCUCAGGGUGUAUUCAUGGCUGUAUAAUGUAACAUUGUGUUCAUAUAUUACCUACAGUAAUAGUCUAUUACAAAAAUACGUUUCUUUUUAGAGCACCAUUCACAUUCUGAGAAAUGUUGGGUUCACUUGGUGUGGGCAGCAAAAUAAUAAAAAUGUAUAUUUUUUAGAACUUUGUAUAGAUGAACCUUUGCAUCGACCAUUGAAAUGUUAAAAGUAUGAAAUGGCCUUUAUGUUUUAUAUGGGGGUGUGUGUGUGUAUAUGUACUGUUCACAAUACUUGAAACUGGCCUUUGCUGUCUUGACUGUAGUUAUGUUGCAUAUGUAUGUCUUGUUUAUAGAGUAUUGUCUGUGUCACUGAUUGCACUGUUGUUCGUCCUGAAAACUUGAAACAUUUUGAUAAAAUAGACACCUAAUUUAAAUAAAGUUACUUUGUACUGCAGAGAA